AUGGCAAGUCUGGGAUCGCAUGGGACGCUCACCCAUACCACACCCCACUCCCUGCGCCCCACUCACUGCGCCCCACUCACUGCGCCCCACUCCCUGCGCCCCACUCACUGCGCCCCACUCCCUGCGCCUCACUCCCUGCGCCCCACUCACUGCGCCCCACUCCCUGCACCCCACUCACUGCGCCCCACUAACUGCGCCCCACUCACUGCGCCCCACUCCCUGCGCCCCACUUACUGCGCCCCACUCCCUGCGCCCCACUCACUGCGCCCCACUCACUGCGCCCCACUCCCUGCGCCCACUCACUGCGCCCCACUCCCUGCGCCCCACUCACUGCGCCCCACUCCCUGCGCCCCACUCACUGCGCUCCACUCCCUGCGCCCCACUCCCUGCGCCCCACUCACUGCGCCCCACUCCCUGCGCCCCACUCACUGCGCCCCACUAACUGCGCCCCACUCACUGCGCCCCACUCCCUGCGCCCCACUCACUGCGCCCCACUCCCUGCGCCCCACUCACUGCGCCCCACUCACUGCGCCCCACUCCCUGCGCCCCACUCACUGCACCCCACUCCCUGCACCCCACUCACUGCGCCCCACUCCCUGCGCCCCACUCACUGCGCCCCACUCCCUGCACCCCACUCACUGCGCCCCACUCCCUGCGCCCCACUCACUGCGCCCCACUCCCUGCGCCCCACUCACUGCGCCCCACUCCCUGCGCCCCACUCACUGCGCCCCACUCACUGCGCCCCACUCCCUGCGCCCCACUCACUGCGCCCCACUCCCUGCGCCCCACUCACUGCGCCCCACUCCCUGCGCCCCACUCACUGCGCCCCACUCCCUGCGCCCCACUCCCUGCGCCCCACUCACUGCGCCCCACUCCCUGCGCCCCACUCACUGCGCCCCACUCCCUGCGCCCCACUCACUGCGCCCCACUCCCUGCGCCCCACUCACUGUGCCCCACUCCCUGCGCCCCACUCACUGCGCCCCACUCCCUGCGCCCCACUCACUGCGCCCCACUCCCUGCGCCCCACUCACUGCGCCCCACUCCCUGCGCCCCACUCACUGCGCCCCACUCACUGCGCCCCACUCACUGCGCCCCACUCCCUGCGCCCCACUCACUGCGCCCCACUCCCUGCGCCCCACUCACUGCGCCCCACUCUCUGCGCCCCGCUCACUGCGCCCCACUCCCUGCGCCCCACUCCCUGCGCCCCACUCACUGCGCCCCACUCCCUGCGCCCCACUCACUGCGCCCCACUCACUGCGCCCCACUCACUGCGCCCCACUCCCUGCGCCCCACUCACUGCGCCCCGCUCCCUGCGCCCCACUCACUGCGCCCCACUCCCUGCGCCCCACUCACUGCGCCCCACUCACUGCGCCCCACUCACUGCGCCCCACUCCCUGCGCCCCACUCCCUGCGCCCCACUCACUGUGCCACGGCGGCCACAAACUGGCGGCCGUGGCGGGCGUGGCGAGCUCCCCCAGCAGCGGCGCCACGCGUGUGAACCCCAGCGCCAUCGCCUCCGCCUGCAAAGCCCUCUCCUUCUCCAACCUCUCCUCCUCCGUGCCCACCGCCUGCACCUGCUGCUGGGGCAGCGGGGAGCAGGAGGACGCAGGGGCGGGUGUCAUGAAGGGGAGGGGGCACAUCAGCGGUCUGUGA